GAAAUGGAGACUAAAGGGUCUUCACCAUGUCCGUACACGGCCACCAUUCGACGGAACCCUCACCGGAAAGCAAGAGCAACACCGUCCUCCACCGCGCCUGUUUCGCUUCUCCAACCUUCAUCAUCACCGCCGCAAAACAUCUCUUCAUUCCCUAUCGAAGACAUUCUGGCCAUGGAAUUCCCUGAAAAAAAACUUACGGAGGCUUCAUCCGAGAAUCUCAAGGUAUUUAUGAGAAUCCGAACAUUAACUAUUCAACGAGAAACACUGAAGAAAGUUGCGGAAAUGAAGAAGACAAAAAAUGCUUGGCCUAAAAACCCUAAGUCCACCAAUGCGUUGCCUAAGAAGCUCAAAAAGAGCAAUGAAGUUUGUGUGACAGUGAACGAUGCACAUUCUGUAAUUGUAUCGCCUCCGCAGAGCUUACAAGAUGGCAAACGUAUUAAAUCAGAAGUUUAUCAAGGUUUUUCACAAGUCUUCUCAUCAGAAGCAUCUCAGAGGGAAGUGUAUGAAAAAAUGGUGAAUCCUUUAGUUGAGGAUUUUCUGAAGGGUAGGAGUGGCAUGCUGGCUGCAUUGGGACCAAGUGGUUCUGGGAAAACUCAUACCAUCUUUGGGUGUGGAAGGGACCCUGGUAUGGUGCCUUUGGCUCUUAGUCGAAUUUUAUCACAAGAAGAAGGCAACAAGAUGCAGUCACAGAGGAUAUUUUAUCUAUCCAUGUUUGAGAUCUCUUCUGAGAAAGGAAAAUCUGAAAAGAUAUUUGAUUUACUUAAAGAUGGGGCAGAUUUGUUUAUCCAGCAAUCAUCGAUUAAAGGCAUGCGAGAGGCUAUACUUUAUGAUCCUCAACAAGCUGAAUCUCUAAUCGCAUCUGGACUUUUGAAGCGUGCUACAGCUAUGACAAAUUCAAACAAUCAAUCUAGUCGUUCACAGUGCAUCAUAAACAUCCGUUGUGAAUAUAAGGAGGUAAAUGGAAAAGUUGGUGAUAACUCAAACAGUGCUGUCCUGACCAUAGUUGACCUUGCUGGAGCUGAGAGGGAAAAGAAGACUGGAAAUCAGGGGAUUAGACUGCUCGAAAGUAAUUUUAUCAACAACACAUCAAUGGUGUUUGGCCUAUGCUUAAGGUCAUUACUGGAGCAUCAGAAGAACCCCAGGAAACCUAUGCAGAAGCACUUUCAAAACUCUUUGUUGACCAGAUACUUGCGAGAUUAUUUGGAAGGCAAGAAGCGGAUGGCAUUGCUUCUAACUGUAAGACCCGGGGAAGAAGACUACCUUGAUACUUCUUUUCUGCUAAGGCAGGCUUCACCAUAUACAAAAAUAAAGUUUGAUACCAUUGAAGAACAUGGAAUUUUAAACCACAAUAAGAGGCCUGUGCAAAGAACACCUAGCUAUGUGCAGCUUAAAAGAAUGAAGUUGAGCAAAAGUGAAGAUUCUGAGAUCAAUCAAGGAAGUGAUGAGUGUCCUCAACUUUUGAAUAAAGAGGCGGCCGCGAAAGGAAUGAAGGAUGUCAGCUUGACAGACGUUCGUGUUCAAUCUGAGGAAAUCAUCACUAUAGGAGCAAAUGUGGGGAAUAUUCUCAGAGUUGAUCAGGUUGAAUUGGAAAGGAAAGAGAGAAAUCAUCACAUUCUGCAAAAUUUUGGUAAAGCUUUGUGGAAAGUCUUGAAAGAAUACAAGAAAAAACUUGAGGUGGCAGAAAAUGAAAUCUGCACCCUCAGGAAUAGCUUAACUAGUGAGAAAUCUAGAUCUGCUGAAUUAGAGAAUCAACUGAGGGAUUGGCAAAGUAAUUGCUGCUGUAGGGAAGGAAAAAAAUCAUUAGAUUAUGAGGUACAUGUUGAAAAUGAAACUUGCACUCCUAGAGAUCAUAUAACCAACAAGAAAACAAGAUGCUCUAAACUAGAGGAUGAAUUGAAAGAUUGGCAAAGUAACUGCAGCAGUAGGAAAGGGAUUUUAAGUGAGGUUUCCUCUAGAGAAGUGGAUGAAUUUGAAAGAAAAAGUUAUUCAGAUUUGGAGGAUCAUCAGUCCAAUGACUACAAUCAGCUUGAAAGUUCAAUUGGAGAUGCUAGUGCUAUUGAAGAUCUGAAGAACACAAAUGAACUGAAAGCAGAGAGUACACAUUGGAAUGGCAAAGAGACUGCUGUGUUAAGUGGGUCAUGCUCUUCCAUUGAUCAGGAGUACGGGCGAAAAGAGGAAAGUUUUGACAGAGACACGAAUACCCUGUUGGAAGAAGACCAUUUGCCUUUUGAUUCAGUACUUCCAGAACGUUGUACAGUCAGCACUUCCAAGUCAUCUCUCUCCUUUGAAAAUAACAGCUCUUUUCUAGUGGGUGAGGACCAAACAGAAAACAAAGAGGACAAGACUGCUCAGCAGCUUGAACAAUCUACUAGAGAUGCUACUGGUGUUGAAGAUCUGAAGAAUCCAAAUGGAAUGAAAGCAGAGAGUGCAGAUUGGAAGGGCAAAGCAGCUGCUGUAUUAAGUGGGUCAUGCUCUUGCAUUGAUCAAGAGUACGAGCAAGGAAAGGGAAGUUCUGGUAAGAAUUCUGUAGUUAGCACUUCCCAAGCAACUUCCAUAAACAGAGAUGAGAACUGCCUAUUGGAAGAGGACCACAUGCUUUCUAUUUCAGUAUUUCCAGAAUGUACAGUCAGCUCUUCUAAUUCAUCUCUAUCCAUUGAAAAUAAGAGCUCUUUUCCGGUGAGGAAGAACCAAACACGAAACGGAGAGGACAGGAGACUAUUAGGUCCAUCAACAACGUUAAUGCCUGGGGAAGUUGUAGGCCAUGGUGACAACAAUGUAGUUGAAGCGGUUACUAAACAUCGUUCCGGCACUAAAUUUCAGAAUGCAGAUAAACCAAAAAGGACUAGGAGACUUCUACCAGUUUCGUCCAUUUUAUUAAAAGAUAUAGGCAGCAUAAACUUCAAGGAUGAGAAUGAGAAACCAAAGGGAGUUAAGGCAGAAAAGAAAGGAGCUUCUGGUGAAAACAGAACUCAGGGCAGCAUUUCACUUCUUCGUUUGCUCAAGGAUAAUCUUGCUAUCUAGUGCAUAGUGCAAAAUGAUAACUGCAUUCUAAGGUUUCAUCUGCAAUAAACAACAGUU